CCACUUAAGCCUCCUUCGUACUAAGGUGAGUCACAUCUGCCUCCUUACUGAAUGUCACCUCGGUUUCCAGCCCCCUAGGGCGACUGUUGUUAUAAAAGGCGAGGUGAUGCUUGGGCAACGAAGUCUUAUAAGUCGGUGAAUCUGCACGUCUCAUCAAAAAGUUGAACUUGCUCAGACACCCACUUCUGUAACGUCUUCGCAUCUAACCACUUCAUUUCUCGCUUAUAUAUAUUCAGACAGAAGCGUCACUCUUCCUGUUCUUGCAUUUCCUCCAUUCUUCGUUUGUGUGGAAUUUCGUCUUCUCAUUUUUUCAUUUCUCGGAUUUUUUUCACUCCUCCAGUUUGACUUUGUCUUUUUCCUUGACUCGGUUUUCAGUGCUUUUUCCCACAUCUAAUUUCUUACCAAUUUCUCUUACCCCAUACUCUUUCAUUAGCUGCAUCAUGCUCUCUUCUAUCGCAUCUUUUUUGGUCCUGGCUGCUGGCGUUGCCAACGCCUUGCAAGUGACCAGUCCUACUAAGGACUCCGUUUGGUCGUCUCAAGACACCAACACCAUUACAUGGACCUCUGUGAGCACGGACCCCGAGACGGUCGCCAUUUACUUUGUCGACAUGCAAUCCUCCGGCGCCUCUUACACUCUCCUCGAUGACUCUGUGAGCACCAGUGCCGGUACCUACAGCUUCACCUCCUGCAGUCUUCCCCUCACCUCCAGCGCUGAGAUUUACUUGACCAAGAAGAACACUCCCGAGCAAAUCUACGCUCAAUCUUCUUACUUCACCGUCAAGAACCAAACCGUGGCCUCCCAAUGCAGUGCCUCUUCUUCCAGCAGCAGCAGUGAUGUCAGCAGCGCAACCAGCAGUGCCAGCACUGACUCCAGCUCUGCUGCUUCUGCCAGCACCAGCUCUGCUUCUUCCUCUGCCUCGGCUUCCGCCUCGUCCUCUGUGUCUGCAUCCGCCUCCACCUCUGCUUCUUCCUCCAGUGCUACUGGCUCCGUCAGCAGCAGCUCUGCUUCUGGCAGCUCCACUAGCGCUGUUAGCUCUGGUUCCGCUUCCAAGACUGCUUCCUCCAGCUCUCUUGUCUCUGUCACUUCGAAGUCUGCCAGCACUUCGUUGUCCUCUGCCUCGACUUCCGCCUCCGUGCAAUCUGCCGGUGUUCCCAAGUUGAGCGGCUCUUUCCUUCCUUAUGCCUUGGCUGUCAGUGCUCUUGUCUUCAUUUUCGCCGCAUAAAAAGCUUGUAGAUAAAGUUUGUAUUUAGUGAAGAAUACGUUAAUUAUUAUUUUUUUAUUCAAAAAAGAAACAGUUGGGCAAAAGGUGGGGAGAGGACGGAUGGGUUUGGAAGGAUAGGUUUAUUUGGUUGUUUCGCGGUUUUUUGGUCAAAGGUUUUCUCAAUCAGUUGCUGCUCUUCAAGUUUGUAAAUGCCUAGUCGCUGCGUGCUAAUUACUGAAACCUUUUUUUCAUUGACCCUAAUUUGCUCGUUUUCUUUUCUCUCUAAAGCACCCGACGAAGAACAUUUUGGACCUUUUCGCUGUCUUGACCACUCUUUGGAAGUAUCCGGUGGCUGCUAGCGCUCUUUUGAUGGAAGAAGCGACGGAGUUGUUUUGAGUUGUCAUUGUUGGCCGGCUCAACAGGAGGAGCUGACUCGCCUUCAGUCUCCGAACGCUCUUUCCGUUUCUUUUGCAUGUUUUCGAUCAUCUUUGCACGUUCAACGUUGCGAACGUAUUCCUUCAGCUCCUUGUUGCCUUGUUGAAUCUCGAGUUUCAGACGAGUUGCACGAGCUGCAUUUUCGGCUGCAAUCUGUUCUGUAAGAUGAUGCCACUUAAACUUGGGCAGGUAUUUGAUGUUCCAAAUGUCAUCAUGAUACCAAUUGCUCUUUUUUCCGCCAAUCGUCUGAGUGUUCAACAUGGCUGCGACAGUUUUAGCAACUCGCUUGCUCUCAAACUCUACCCAGCCCUCCUCGUACAGUGUGCGUUUGUUACCACCGUUUUUCACACGAGCUGCAUGCUUCUUGGCUGAUUCAGGUGCCAGAUAUAUACGACCAAUUUUUCCGUAAGCAGACAGUAAAUGACGAAGCUUUUGAGGAGACAUGUAAGGGGGAAUCCGUGACAGGUAGACGACUCCUGAACGUUUGAUUGCUUUUCUCGCCUUUUCCACCUCUUCUGGUGAGAUCUUUGCUAUCUUUUUGGAUUUUUUCGACGAUUUUCUUGAGCCAACUUCUUGUCCUUCAUCAUCACUUCCGAGCUCAGAAUUGCUCUCUCCUUCACGUUUUCCAUCUGCGGCGCCUUCUUCUUCCUCAUCACUUUCAUCCAUGCCGUAGAAUUCCGCGUCACUUCCUAAGUCAUGAUCGUCGUCGCGUGAAUUCUCGCGUUUGGAAGACACAAUUCCCUUGAAUCUGCUUUCUUCCUGGUGCUCUUCAUCAGAGUAAAACUCCUCUUCAGCAUCUUCCGUUCCAAGCAGCAGCUUUUCGGCAGCAGACAUCUUUGCAAAAGGUUGAGCCAGGUGGUGGGGAUUCGCUUGGUUUCUCUGUAGCAGGUGGAUUAACGGUGGUGAUCGACAAUAGUGAUUUGCAGAUCUGCAGAUCAACCAUGAAUUAUAGAUUCUGGAUUGAAUAAGAAACAGAACUGUGUAGGAAAAAUAUGAUAAAUCAUUUAUAGAGAAAGGAAAUUGGGAAAUGAGA